AACGAAAAAAAAAUGUAACGAAAUUGCGUGAAAUAAUCCUACGGCUGAGAAUGGUUAUCUACUGGAUUCAAGGGUGGUGAUUUUUGGGUUCCAUUACUAGUAAGUAUUACAUGCUCUUUUUUAUAUUUUUGGGUUUAAAUUUCUGGAGAUGGGAAGAUGUAGCUAGAAUGCGACAUUCCGGGGUGAUGCUGAUCCGGUUGGGGCAGGGCAAUCCAAUCAAAACUGGAAAUAAUAGGGUGGGGUCAAGUGACACUUGGAGAUAAAAAAGAGUUUGGUUUGUCUAAAGAAACGUACGAGGGUGGCUUUGAUUGAUUUAUUUAGUAUAAUGAUUCAAUGGUGAACUGAUAAGGCAUAUACUUUAAUUGAUCUUUGACUAGUUUGAUCUGGGAGAGGCAUAAUUGUUAAUCACUAAUUGAUCAUCUACUUUCCAAUAUUGCCAAACUGUCCCCAAGAAAUGACCCCCACCUAGAGGCACUGAUGAGAGCGAUGGCAAAGGAAAGGCAGGAGCAAAAGAGCACUCUUGAAACAUCCAGAGUCAGUGAAGAAGCUGUUCAGGUACAAGAUGAGGCAAAAAUUAAUCCGAAGAUAGCUAUCUAUGAGGAUAAGGAUACCAAGCGGCGGGGAAGGGGCAUGGGGGCAAAGAAUCACAUGGGACAAGUUAAGACAGCUUGGGCUAUGAGCGACAGAGGCACAAGCAUACCAAUACUGGAUUUAGCUGAAACAAUAAGAUUAGUUUUGAUCAAGGCUAGAGAAAAGCAUUGGACAGAAUUUAAAGUCCAUAUCCCUCAGAAAGCAGCUUUUAUCCUCGUUGAUGUCCAAGAAAACCAAAGACAAUCUAUUGGCAAAUCUGAUGGAUGAUAUCAACAAUCUUAACUCUUUGUUUCAAAAAUGCUCAUUCUGUUUAGAUGUAGCAAAUGAUAAUAUAUGUAAAUCUGUUAGUACUUAUGUA